GCCCUCCAGACCGGAGCUCUCAUUGGCUGGCCGUGCUUCUCGAUGUCUGAAGGUGUCCCGGGUGCAGAUCACUCGGAGCCGUCAUCAUGAUCUCUGUGAAGGAGCAGGAGGCCAUCAGUCAGCUCAUGGAGUUCUUCAAGGAUUGGGACAACGGUGGUAAGGUCACCCGCUGCCGAAUUCUCAACAACUUCAUCACCUCCAAUCAGGGGAGGACCGCGCCGGAACUGGAGGAGGAGUUUUCCCAGGGGGGCAGCCUGUUCCUGGCCCGGAUCACCACAUGGCUGAGACUCUCAUAUAUGUUCGGGACGUGUCUGAAGGAAAUUUUGCAGUCUGUCUCCAUUUUCCUCUCAUCCGCCGGCAGCGCUCGUUAUAAGGUGGAGUUCGUGGAAGUUGGAGGCAUCCUGACACUGCUGGAGAUUUUGGGAUUGAAUCAGAUAUCGGAUCAAAACAAGACGGAGGCUCUAAAAAUUCUGCAGAUCCUGGGCCGAUCCGGACGGACAUAUAAAGAGCUGAUCUGUGAGAGCUAUGGAGUACGUUCGGUCGCUGAAUGUCUGGCCAAGUCUAAGAUAGAAGAGACUCAGGAACAGGCCCGGGUGCUGCUGGAGCUCUUGGCUCACGGGAACCCCAAAUACCAGACACAAGUGUAUAAGGGGCUGAUCGCCCUCCUGGCCUGCGACUCCCCCAAAGCCCAACACCUGACCCUGCAAACACUGCGCACUGUGCAAGGAAUUGUGCAGACAGCUCACCCGUCUAUAUCAGAGCCGCUGCUGGCAGUGCUGCAGUCCAUGCACCUGGAGGUGCAGUAUGAAGCUCUUCAGCUGAUUUGGGAGCUGAUGGACACGGAUGUGCGUCCGGCGCUGCUGAAAGGACUUGUGUCCCUCCUGAAGCCGUCACAGAGAGAGAGGACAAGGAGCCGCCCGCAGAUCCUGGACGACCCGACAGCGCCCCAAAUUUCUGAACCUUUGCCGACGUUUAUUCAACAAGCCGCCUCUGCUAAAGCCAUCAGGAUGUUGGCUCGGGAGUCCCCCCAGCUGUGUGAGGAUCUGAUCCAGCUGAGAGUCGUCCAUCACCUGCUGUACGCCAUGGGGAACACGGAGCACACAGACAGCCAGAGACAGGCCAGCCUGACCUUGGAGUAUUUCGUCUCAUCAUUUCCUGCGGUGGAGGAAGACGUGCGGACGGCGAUCGGUGACAAGCUAUUCCGCAUGCUGACGGAGAAUGCUGAGCUAUUGUACAUGAAGCUGGACAGAGUUCACAUUGACAUCCUGAUCUCCAACCAAGUGACCGUCCCCGGAGUAAAGGAAGAGUCCCGGCACUGAACGUGGGCCAUCACUGGGACAGAUGAUUGACACCCGGACGACACAAACUCGGUGCAUCGAAGGAAAAGCCGGACCGUCCUUGUGCCGGAGAAUCAAUGAAAUUCUUCUGCCUUGUUAUCAGUGUAUUCGCUUUUUUGUUUUGUUUUUAUAUAAAAAGCUUCCAAACUGC